AUGUACCACGGAACGUCCAUGAUAUACUGUGGUCAAGUUGCGUUGGAAAUCAAGAAAUAUGGAUUGACGAUAGGAAGCCUCAACUCUGUUGGAGGGUCAAUCAUGGCAGCUGGGAUUACAUACCUCCUAGGAAAUUUGGCAUGGAAAGAGUAUCUCGGGUUUGAUACAGGCAAGAGACUGAAUGGGCUACUCUUUCUUUACGCAAUGGUGUCUUUGUGUACUUUUACUUUCGUUCCAAAUCUAUGCAAGCUUGGUGGUAUGCUUAGCUUAUUGAGCUUAUUUUCGAGUGCAGGCACGCUCCUCCUAGCGACAAAGGGCUAUCUUUCGGGUCUGUGUGCCGAUGGCAACAAGUCAUUUCUUCCAGAAACGCUUCGUUUGUGCAAAGGUGCCGUUCAAACGACCAUGUGUCGCCCUCCAAAGGACAUGACCUAUCCUAAUUUCAUUUGCCUUUUGACGGUUGCUAUCAGAAAGGCAGUGCUUGUUGGAGGAGUUCUGAAUGAGGUGUUUUUUGGAGGUGGUAGAACGUUACUAAUUGUCCCAAAACUGAUCCAGCUUGCAAAGCUGACACUUCUGGGGGGUGCUCUGGUCACGUCAAUUUCGGUGGAAGACAACGAGGUGGCAAAGAAAAUGGUUACAGGGCCAAUCAAUGUGAUGGCUCUUUAUAUUUUUUCAUUCAUGUCCGCGUUCAAUUUGGUCAGGGCAUCAAGCGCUUUUCAACUUGCAGACGGACUGCUGCUAGGCAUGUGUGCUUUUAGCUCAGCAUCCGAGGGGUUGCAUCAUGUAAAAGGACACAGCUAUAAUGCCAAUGAAAAUUCUGACUGA